AUGUUAACAGCUAUCAUCAUAAAUGCCCCCCUGACUGCACUAUUCUUUGCUCUUCAACUCGGUUGCGCACUCGUCACUUACGCUGUAUUUGCUGGUUGCGAUCCAAUCAAGCACAAGGACAUAUCUAAGCCAGAUCAACUUUUGCCCUUCAUGGUGAUGACCGUGUUUGAGAACUACUACGUUAUUAAAGGCAUCUUCCUUUCAACUAUUUAUGCCGCUGCAUUAAGGUUGGAGGACUAUUCAUAA